GUCCUGACUGGUAUACGGUGAGAGUGGAUUUGACGGUGAUGGAUGUCAAUGAUAAUGCUCCAGAAUGGACGAUGGUCCCAUUCCCCUACCUGAGUGUGGUCUCUGCUAAUGCCCCACCAAGCACUCUAGUCUACAAGCUUCAAGCCAGAGAUGGUGAUGAGGGCAUCAAUGGAGAGGUGGAAUACUUCCUGUCUGAUGGAGGUGACGGGAGAUUUGAGGUGGACAGGAAGAACGGUUAUGUGCGGACGACAGGCCUCCCCCUGCAGAGAGACAGAGAAUACCAGCUCACAGUGGUGGCUGCUGAUCGGCAGAGCAGCCGCAGUCCUCCCGCUGUAGUGUCCAUCAUCGCUGGCCCUAGAGCUCCUCAAUUCACCAACGUGUCUUAUACAAUUUCCAUACCAGAAAAUACACCAGAAGGCCAACCCUUGGUUUUUCGCUGGCUGCGUGCUAUCUUGUCUUAUGUGAACACGCGGCUUAUGAGUUUUGACCAGCACCGCUACCUGCUGCUGGUGCGGGCCAGUGAGAAUCAGGACAGUCUCAGCAGUGCUGCCGAGGUGCGAGUGAUCAUCAUGGAUGAGAAUGACUGUGUUCCAGAAUUCCAGCAGUCCAUUUAUAGCAAAGACGGUGUCCCUGAGACAGUCACGACCGCAACGUCACUUCUGCAGGUAUCAGCCAACGAUUGCGAUUCGGAGCAGAAUGCAGAUAUCACAUACUACACGCUUAGUCCAGAUUUCAUCAUUUCAGCACAUGGCACCAUAUUCCCGGCAGGCCCUCUGGAUUACGAGAGGCCCAACCACCUGUAUGAAUUCGUAGUGAUGGCGGUGGAUAAGGGCGAGGUGCCCCGCACCGGCACGGCCACCGUGCGUCUUCGUAUGGCCAAUGUCAACGACGAGCCUCCGGAGUUCUCGCAGCCUGUGUAUCGAACCUUUGUCUCUGAGGACGCAGGGCCCAACACUCUGGUUGCAACGGUGCUGGCCAAGGACCCAGAUGGAGAUGGGAUCACAUACAAAAUUACAGCAGGCAAUGAGGAGGGCAACUUUGUCAUCGACAGCCAGAAAGGAUUGAUCCGUCUCCGCUCCAGCCCGUCUCCUAGACUUCAGGGAGUAAAGUACGUCCUGAACGUUACGGCAUCAGAUGAUAACGCCUCCGGUGGGCCGCAGUCACUCUCCGCCAUUGCCCAGGUCAUUGUAGGAGUUGACGAUGUGAACAACAACAAACCUGUGUUUGAAAAGUGUGCCGAGUAUAAAGAGAAGGCAUCAGUUCUGGAAAAUAAGCCAGUGGGAACAUUUGUGCUGCAGGUCCAUGCGGAUGAUAGGCAGAGAGAGUAUGCAGUAACAGUGACGGCCACGGACCAAGCGGCGGACCCCCUCAUAGGCAUCUGUCAACUCAACAUUCUUAUCCUCGACGAGAAUGACAACAGCCCCAAAUUUGAGAACUUGCACUACGAAUCUCCAAGGACCUACAUCAGCAGGCAGAUCAUCGCUACAGAUGGAGGGAAUCGGAGCAGUUCAGUCGAGCUGGCAGUCACCAUCACCAAUGUGAAGAACCAGCCUCCACAGUGGGAGAAGGACAAAUAUGAGGUCGUCAUACCUGAAAACACUGUCAGAGACACUCCAGUUGUGACUAUCAAGGCCACUUCUCCGCUGGGUGACCCGAGGGUGACUUAUAACUUGGAAGAUGGAUUGGUGCCAGAAAGCAACAUGCCUGUUCGUUUCUACCUAACCCCGAAUCGUGAAGAUGGCUCUGCCUCUAUACUUGUCACAGAGCCCUUGGACUAUGAGACCACCCGCAACUUCAUGCUUAGGGUUCGAGCUCAGAACGUGGCUCCUGUGCCCCUGGCGGCCUUCACUACUGUUCACAUAAACAUCACAGGUAAAGGACAUCUACGUGGCCUGGCACAGCAAAAACAGCCUAAUAAUCCAACCACCCGCAACUUCAUGCUUAGGGUUCGAGCUCAGAACGUGGCUCCUGUGCCCCUGGCGGCCUUCACUACUGUUCACAUAAACAUCACAGAUACGGCGUAUGUGCGUAUUUUCAUCAGCGACGUGAAUGAUAACAAGCCGGUGUUUGCGCAGUCCGUGUAUGAGGUUGACGUGGAUGAGGAUGCUGACGUGGGCUCCACCAUCCUCACUGUCAGCGCUAAUGAUGAAGAUGAAGGUGCUAAUGCCAAGUUGCGCUACCAGAUUACAUCAGGCAAUGUGGGAGGUGUUUUUGACAUGGAGCCCGAGGUGGGAACCAUCUUCAUCGCCCAGCCGCUGGAUUAUGAACAGAACAAGCUCUAUAAGUUGCACGUCUUGGCGUCUGAUGGGAAGUGGGAAGAUUAUGCUACUGUAAUAGUCACCAUUGUGAAUAAGAACGACGAAGCACCUGUGUUCUCUGUGAACGAGUACUAUGGCAGCGUGACAGAGGAGCUGGACGGUUCUCCUGUCUUUGUGUUGCAGGUAACAGCAUCUGACCCAGAUAAGGAUGCUGACCAGGAGGCCUUGAGAUAUUCCCUUCAUGGUCAAGGUGCUGAGAGCGAGUUCAUCAUUGAUGAGAUGACAGGGAAGAUUUAUGCUCAGAGAACAUUAGACCGCGAGGCCCGGGCAGUGUGGCGUUUUGUGGUCCUGGCCACAGAUGAAGGCGGCGAGGGACUAACAGGAUUCACCGAUGUCAUUAUCAAUGUGUGGGACAUAAACGACAACGCUCCUCUUUUUGCUUGUGCCCCGGACAAUUGCAAUGGCGACGUGGCUGAGAACUCCCCGCCUGGCACUUCCGUGAUGGAGAUGACAGCCACUGAUCUGGAUGAUGCAGCUGUUGGACAAAACGCAGUGUUGGCCUAUAAGAUCGUAGGUAAUGCCGCCCUUAAUGGCGCUAAUAGUGGAGCAGAUGUUUUCAGCAUCAAUCCCGCUACUGGGACGGUUUCAGUGGCAAUGUCUGGUCUGGACAGGGAGCAGACCGACUCGUAUAUCUUGGUGGUGGAAGCACGAGAUGGUGGAGGUAUGAUAGGAACGGCCACCGCCACUAUACACGUGACAGACGUCAAUGACCACGUUCCGCAUUUCCUGGACCGCUCGUGCUCCAUACGCAUUCCUGAGAGCAGUGAGCCCAACACACCAAUCAUAGAACUUGCCGCAGAGGAUGCAGAUGCUGGAGAGAAUGGCCAGCUGACCUUCAGUGUGGUGGCCGGUGAUCCCGAACAGAAGUUUUACAUGGUGAGCCAUCGACAGGAGCAGCGCGGGACCCUUCGUCUCAAGAAGCAUCUGGAUUACGAAAGACCGGGCGAGCAACGCUUCAACCUCACCAUCAAAGUGGAGGAUAUGCAGUACUCCAGCUUGCUUCACUGCACGCUAGAGGUCGAAGACUGCAACGACCACGUGCCAGUCUUCAUUCCUCACUUUCUACAGCUUCCUGCCGUACGAGAGGAUGUCGCUCCAGGAACCAGCGUGGCAAGUGUGGCUGCCACUGAUUUGGACUCGGGGUUGAAUCGCGAGAUCACUUAUAGCAUUGCUCCGGAGUCUGAUCCGUACCAUCUGUUUUCUGUGGACCAGUCGGGGUUGGUCACUGUGGCUAGUGAGCUGGACCGGGAAAAGGUCGCACAGCAUCACUUGGUUGUACUUGCGACAGACCACGGCACACCACCGUUGACUGGCACUGCAACUAUCCAGAUGGCUCUGCUGGAUGUCAAUGACAACGGCCCUGAGUUUGAGGCUGUGUACGCACCAAUAGUGUGGGAGAACGUUUUGGGCCCGCAGGUUGUGCGGCUUAACCAGAGCUCCACGUUAUUGAGAGGCGUGGACCAAGAUUCAGAGGAGAACGGCUCACCCUUUUCCUUCUCUGUGCCUCUGGAGUAUCGUUACAGCAAUGAUUUCCACCUGCAGGAUAAUGGGAAUGACACGGCCACCAUCACCGCCCUGAGAGCAUUCGACAGGGAAAGACAGAAAGAGUUUCUACUACCUGUCAUCAUGACCGAUAGCGGCAGUCCACCGAAGACCGUCACAAACACCCUCACUAUCACCAUCGGUGACGAGAAUGACCACGCCCACAUAGCUGGACAAAAGAAAGUGUCCAUCAACUGUCACAGAGGGAGAAUGCCAACCAAUGUACUGGGGAAGGUUUACUCACCAGAUCCAGAUGACUGGGAUAACAAGACGUAUGCCUUCGAGGGACAUGUUCCUAAUUAUUUUAUCCUGAACAAGCGGACAGGGUUCCUCAUCAUAAAGGAGAACGCUCCUCCUGGGAGUUAUGACUUUCAGGUUCGAGUGUCAGAUGGGGUGUGGCCGGAUGCCAUCUCUAGCGUGAAGGUGAAUGUGAAAGAGCUACGGGACGAUGCCAUCUACAACUCAGCCUCUUUGAGAUUAGCAGACAUCUCCGCCACAGAGUUCAUGGAACGCCGUAGCAAUCUGAAGAGCAGGUACGAGCUGCUUGGCGACUUCCUGUCAGACAUGCUGUCUGUGGGGGCAGACGACGUCAACAUUUUCAGUCUGGUGGAAGUGCGGCACAGGACUCUGGAUGUGAGGUUUUCCGUUCACAGCACGCCGUUCCUCAGGGCCGAGAGAGUCCAUGGAUACCUUGCAGCUCAUAAACAAAAGCUCCAGUCUUUUCUUCAAGUGAACGUGACCCAGGUUCAUGUAGAUGAGUGUGUGGAUGCAGACUGUCGGGGAGGAGGGGGCUGCACCAGCCAUCUGAGCGUGACUGACAAGCCGGCGGUGGUCGACUCAGGCAGCAUGGCUCUGGUGUCAGUGACUGUGGAAGCCACAGCUGUCUGCAGUUGCUCGGCACGUGAACACCUCCACCAGAGCUGCUCUGUCUAUCCCAGAAACCCCUGCCACAAUGGAGGAGUCUGUGUGGACACGCAGAGUGGAUACAGAUGCCAGUGCCCGGCUCAGUUUGAGGGACCCGAGUGCCAGCAGACAAAACACAGUUUCCAUGGCAAUGGCUAUGCUUGGUUUCCCCCUAUAAGGCCAUGCUUCGAGAGCCACCUCUCGCUGGAGUUCAUCACAGAGGUGGCAGAUGGCUUGCUGCUCUACAGCGGACCCCUCUCCCAGCUUCAGCCGUGGGAGCCGGAGGACUUCAUGGCCAUAGAACUGAUCGACGGCACCCCCACCCUGAAAAUUAACCACGGCUCGGGUACAUUGGUCCUGCAGUUGCCGGGCAACGUGAACGUAGCGGAUAGACGGUGGCACAGACUGGACGUGAGGAGCAACAGCAAAGAGGUUCGUUUUACACUUGACAGGUGCGCAGGAGCCACUAUCAUGGAGAUGGAGGGAGUGGGCAGCUGGCUAACUACUGAAGACCACACUUCCUGUGAAGUUACUGGCAUCACACCAAAUAUGGACAAGCAUCUGAACGUGACACAGGUGCUUCAGCUAGGAGGAGUGAAUGAGAACCUGCCAUAUAUCUACCCUCAACUACAACACAAGCACUUUACUGGCUGUAUCCGAAACCUCGUUGUGGACAGCAAGUUUUAUGACCUCGGUUCACCAGCUGAUUCCUCUGGCAGUGCUCCGGGAUGUCUGAUGACGGACAAUAGCUGUGUGAACAUGGGUUUUCCUUCCUGCGGGACCCGGGGGCGCUGCCACGGAGAGUGGGGUUCCUUCAGCUGUCAGUGCAUACCUGGGUACAGCGGGCAUCAGUGUGAAAAGGAGGUCCCGGAGUAUUCUUUUGAUGGAAGGAGUCACAUACACUUUCAGCUGGCCUUCACGCUCCCGGCCAGACACACGCAGGUUCAGGUCCUGGUCCGGACACGCAAACAUAGCAGCUCUAUCCUCAGCCUGCUGUCUAAAGAACAGAAUGAAUAUCUCAAACUGGAGAUCUAUCAGGGUCUGUUAAGUGUCUUCUUCAACCUCGGUGAUGGGGACUUCAACUUGACAGUGCCCUCUUAUCGUUUAGACAAUGGAGAGUGGCAUGACAUUCACUUAGAUCGGCAUGACAAUGAGUUGACCCUGCGUCUGGAUGGCGGGGGAGGACGGCGAGAGGUCACGGGAUCGCCGGGUCGCAGUCGGGAGAUUGUUAUUGAUCCCGCUGUGGUGAUGCUGGGCAACUCGUUCCCCUCAGGACACAACAAGAGCUUCCAAGGCUGUAUGCGGGACCUGAGACUCAAUGGGCGGUUUAUUCCUCUGGACGGUCAGGCCAGAGAGGGGGUAUCGUUGGUCAGUUCUCAAGGUGUGUCUCUGGGUUGUUCCUCUGACUCCUGCCGGAAAAAACAAUGUAGUCCCCCCUUUACUUGCGUGGACCUGUGGAGAAUCCAUGAAUGCAGGUGUCCCCCAGGUCACAUGGUCAAGGCAAACUCCACUGGUAAAUUCUGUGUGUACACGCUCUGUGCCAGCCGCCCAUGUCACAGGGGCACUUGUGUGGCACAGUCUCCCACCAAAUUCACAUGCCACUGUCCAGAGGGCUACCGCGGCCGGCACUGUGAGGUGACGCUGGCCAUCUACCGAGAUGACGUGGGCCUCAGUUUCAGCUCCCUCUUUGCCAUAUGCAUCUGCUUUAUGGCCCUACUAGUGCUGCUGUUGGGGAUUUUCCUGUACACACGCUGGCGGAGCUAUAAGGGGCUGAAGGAGGGCGUAUAUCACGUGUCUGCGCACCAUGACGGAUGGGAGGACAUUCGAGAGAACGUGCUCAACUACGACGAGGAGGGCGGCGGGGAGGAGGAUCAGAACGCCUAUGACAUGGCAGAGCUCCAGAAGUCCCUGCAGCCCAGCCCGGCCCAGUCGGUGCAGUACAGCCGGUCGCGAGCCCUCCACCACCACCCUCCCUCCCAGCAGCAACAGCAACACUUUUGCCAGCCUGACCCCCCCUCCAGAGCGGGCACGGCCACCACCACCUCCUCGGGAACAGCCACCAUCCGAAGGGACGUACCCCCCUGCCGCUCUCCGGCUCAAGGCCAGACUGCAAAUCCCAGCCAAGCGGCCCAGCUGGCCCGCAAGAGCUUGUCGUUCUCCAGCCAGGACCUGGCUCGCUACCUGUGUGAAAUUAUCCGUGAUGCCGACCAGCACCCGGAGACGGCGCCCUUCGACUCGCUGCAGGUCUUCUCCACCGAGGGGGGUGGGUCGCUGGCCGGGUCACUGAGUUCCUUCAGCUCCGCUGGGCUGGAAGAGGGAACGGCGGCGGGUCACGAGUGUUUGAAAGAGUGGGGGCCGCGCUUCGAGAAGCUGAAAGCCCUCUACGAGCGGGCCGAGGGCAGUGACCUCUAAGGAACUGCCGGGAAGAGUUCCUGCAGCGUGAGGAGAGGAGGGAGACCACCAAAGACUUGUCUAAAAACCAGAGGGAUUUUUCUUAUGCCGAAAAUUCCUACGCUUUGGCUUUCUCUGGAUGCAUUACUUCAUGCUAGACACUCUCUCUGCCUAUGGAGGUGGGUGACAUUUGGGACUCUCAAUGAGUAGCAAAUGGGAAGUGCUAAUCCAGGACACCGCAAAUUGUGGUCAUGGCAGAUUUUAAGCCCAGAACGGGCAUCUUUAUUAAAGUGAUUUGCAGAUGACAAUGAUUUUAGUGGAACCAUUUGUUGUCUUUGUGACUAUCACUGGCGGAGCGCUUUGGACGUGUUCUAUAUGUCUGUAUGUUCUAUAUGUUCUUAAAUAAAAGAAAGACGGCAAGAAAAAUAAACUGCUGUGCUCAGAUGCGACUAGGAAGGGGUUUGUCCUCCUCCUUCACGGGCCGCAUUCUGAAAUCAGUUCACCACUUGUUCUGUCAGGGUGGCCACUUGUGUUCAUCAAUCAUAACGUCAUACUUGGAUACUGUUGAUUUUUUUCCUAUUUGCUCAGCCCUCCGCUUAGAUUCUAUUCACUCGGAUGCGAGGAUGAAAGAGGCAGUCUGCGGGAAAAAAAGACCAAUAAAAACUGAAGAUGAGUGAAAAACACUGAGGAAAAUGAAACAGAAAGCAGCCUUAUUGUUUGGCAUUUUAGGAGACAUUCCUUGGGAAUACAAAUUGUGUCCUCUCUUUCUAGCCAAAAAGGAGCGAAGGAACGGCUGGAAUAAAAAUGUGGCUGAGGCACAAGACUGAGUGGCUGGCAUGAGAUGGAAGUUUUCUGUAGCUGAAAACUAUCGAAAACUCUCUUGGCUCUCACGGUUUGCUGAGCGGUAGCAAUCAGAGUCUGCCAAGCUAAAGAAUAGCCAUUAAGACAAAUGAACGAAUGUGUGUGUUGUUCCAUGUGAUCAACUCAAACGUGAUAUCGAGCUCUGCUGGAGGAGCUUUCAGCACUGGAGUGAGCUUACAGUCCAGUUUGCUUCCUUUCGAAAGUAUUGUAUUAUUAACCAAACCAGCUUACUCAACUGUAUUGUCAUUUCCUGUUCUACUAUAAAUAACCGCUUGUAUCCCAUCACAUUAUUCGGCACUGCAGUGAAAGAAAUGGGCCUCGGCACCAGGUGCAUUCUGGGAAUGGCGGGCCAGCGGUUUCAGACCCUGAGCACCUCCCAUGUAACAUGUUUAAUGGGCUUGUGAACGCAUGUGGUGAGGCUGCAUGGGGUGAAGGAAAAGCAAGGCAAGCUUGUGUGUGCGCAAAUGGAAUAACUAAAAGUCUCCCCCAGUGAGGCCUCAAAUGCCAACCUUGUAUUUUAUGCAUUUUAAGGCAAUGUUUUUUGCCCUCCUUUUAUCAUUUCGGUUAAUUUUUUUUCCGGAGAAUGCCGUAUGUGGAGCAUGACAGGCUGGCUGAGGAGAGUGGAGCGAGUAGGAGUGUGUUAAAAGACAUCAGAGUGCUAAUCCUAAUGUGAACUGAUCGCUCACUGUCAUGCUGUGAACCAAAGGAUCAUGGGAGUUGGAAAACUUGAUGGAGAAGUCGUCACUCUUAUUACGGAUCUCAAAAAGUGCCAAUAUUUCCAAAGGCAGCAACAAGAGUAUAAAAA